AUGGAAGCCCGGUGUGGACCCCAAUGGCCCGAGGCGUCAGAACGCUUUUGGAAUUGGAACGUUUUGGCGUUUUCUCCGGGGCAGGCAUUGCCGUUCACUAGUGGAGGACACCUGCAGUCAAGCCCAACGGCCACCUGGUGCGUGCCCGAAUGGGCCCAAAAGUCAGAACCUGUUUGGAACGUUUCGGCGUUUGCUCUGGGGGAGGCAUGGCCUUUCAUUAGUGGAGGACCAGUUGAAGCACUUCGACUGUCAAAUGAAGAGCUGAAACGUCAGUGCGAAAACUUGGCUCACGACCUGCGAAAUAUGUGGGUCAGAAACCAGGAACUGGAGGAGGCGCUCUCCUCUCACAAGGCCCAGCAACAAGAAUUGAGGGCCAGCCAAGAUCGAAUCAAAUAUUUGGAAGAGCAACUGCAAGCUGCACAGGUUGACGAGGAGACGGAGCCAGACAGCACAGACGUUCCUACUGAUGAUUCCUCUGGUGAUGAGGCUACUGAGUCGGAAAGCUCCGACACACACGGCACGUCUGAGGCACUGGUGAAGCUCCUUGAGGUCUUCAUACUCAGUUGCCGGAACGGCGUUGCGAAAUCAAAGGACCUAGAGGCUGUGUUUGAUGCACCAGAAGCCCUGCAUGAGGACCCUUCAGCAUUCUCAGAUCACGUUUCACCUUGUGGUGCCGAGAGCCAAAGGAUUGAACAGAGGCAAACUGACUCGUCGACAGCCUCAAAAGCUGCUGCCAUACGGCUGACCCCGGCAUUGCCUGAGGACUUGCCGGAACCACCCUUGGCUCCCCUCGAAGACGCACAUGACAAGGAAGAGGAAGAUGACAAGGUUGAUGAGAAGGAGACGUCGAAACAGCAAAGGCUUUCUAUUGGUUCGCAAGACUCAGACAGAUCGGACAGCACGAAGAUUCCUAGUGACGAUGGUUCGUUUGGCGAUGAGGCGACUGCGACGGAAAGCUCACAGCGCACAUUGGAGGACUUGCCGGAACCACCCUUGGCUCCCCUCGAAGAGGAAGAUGACAAGGAAGAGGAAGAUGACAAGGUUGAUGAGAAGGAGACGUCGAAACAGCAAAGGCUUUCUAUUGGUUCGCAAGACUCAGACAGAUCGGACAGCACGAAGAUUCCUAGUGACGAUGGUUCGUUUGGCGAUGAGGCGACUGCGACGGAAAGCUCCGACAUACAGGGCACAUCUGAGGUACUCGAGGAAAACAAGCGCAUAUAUCUUGGGAGGACUUCCGGAUACGAUAAGGCUGAGAUCCUCCUUGAGCAAUGCAGCAGCGGUACUGCAAGUGAAGGUGUGGCCCUGAUGAAACCUAGUGAUUCCGAAGCCGACAAGGCCCUUGCAUCUGGUGCCCCAAGGAAGCCAGCGCAACUUUCUGCUAGUUUCUGGCUUCCUGAGUUGAGAAACCAAAUAUCAUCCUAUCUUGAUGUGCCGGCACUGUGUGCUCAGCGAGCCACAGCUCGUGAGAACUACUCACCGAAGGCUUUUGUUGCUCACCUUGUGCAGCUUGUCCGACCUGAAACGCCUGAUGUAAUCGUGGCAGCUGCAGAUAUUGUUUACAACGAAGAGGAGCUUCCAUCGCGGGAGUACGCGCAAGUGUUUGCUCGGGACCGCUUUCAACUCUUCGCGCGGUUUCGAGGUGCCACGAGCAUCUUCGACGCCGGCGCACCGGCUUUUCGACUAUGGUGGGCGAGCAACCCUGGAGCAAUCACCCACUUGUUGACCUGCUGGAUAGAACACACCAAUUCAUUGGACGCAAGGGGGCAAACGAUAGUUCUCGGAGCUUCGCUGAAUGUCUUCGAGGAUUUGGACUGGGGUGCAUUGCAUCUCAAGCAAAUGUUCGCUGCAGAAAUCAUUCGAUUGGAGGCUGAGAGCCACCACCCGAGUGUGCAAACCAAUGUGUCUAUAAUUUUGCAACAGUUCCCGGAGAUCCGAUCAUUGGCCUGCGCAGCAAGUGCCCCAGACACACGUGCUGGCGCGCUACGCAAGCCUCCUCCCAUUUGGACUUAA